GAUUGCAGACCAAGAAUUUGAUGUACAGAAUUAUUGGAAAAUUAUAAAAAUAAACAUAAUACUGCAUGUUAUAUAAAGGAAUUUUUAACUCUGAUGGCUGUAUGCCAUACUGUAGUUCCGGAACUGGACCCAAAUUCGGAAGAACUGAAUUACCAGGCUGCAUCUCCAGAUGAAGGAGCUCUUGUCAAAGGUGCCAAACAGUUGGGAUUUGUCUUUACAACUCGAACCCCUCAAUAUGUGAUAAUUAAAGCUCUGGGUGUUGAGGAAAAGUAUGAAGUAUUGAACGUGUUAGAGUUCACAAGUGAUCGAAAGCGUAUGUCAGUAAUUGUCAGGACGCCCAAUGGAAAGAUCAAGCUGUAUUGUAAAGGAGCUGAUACUGUUAUUUAUGAAAGGCUUGGAGAUCAUCAACAAUACAAGGAAAUAACACUGGAGCAUCUUAAAGAAUUUGCUAGCAAUGGUCUUAGAACUUUAUGUUUAGCAGUAGCAGAGAUUUCUCCAGAAAGUUACGAGGAGUGGAAAAAUACAUAUUAUAAAGCAAGCACAGCCAUUCAGUAUCGAGAAAGAAAGCUGCAAGAUGCAGCUCAGCUUAUUGAAACGGUUUGGCUUAUUACUUAUUUACUGUAUUUUUAUUUUUGUGCUUUUUAA